AAAAGGAGCUGAAAUAUGGCGAGGUAUCUGGCUCAGAUCGUGGUGAUGGGAGUGCAGGUGGUCGGCCGGGCUUUUGCACGCGCGUUACGACAGGAGUUUGCAGCUAGUCAGGCUGCAGCGGAGGCGAGAGGAAGCGCAGGUAAGCAGUCGGCUGCAGUUUCCAGCUUCACUGGGAUGAGUCUACAGGAAGCACAGCAGAUUCUGAAUGUAUCAACACUGAACCCAGAGGAAAUCCAGAAAAGUUAUGAACAUUUGUUUAAAGUAAACGACAAAGCGGUUGGUGGCUCUUUCUACCUGCAGUCUAAGGUGGUGAGGGCUAAGGAGCGUCUCGAUGAAGAGCUUGCAAUUCAGAAGCAAGACAAUCCACCAGAGCAGAAACAGCCACACAUGAGUUCUGUUGUUCAUCUAUUUCCCUCUGUCCCUCCACUGUAAAUAAUGUCCUUGCCUAAAUAAAGCUUCAUCCUUUUAUUUAGUAUCAUUGCACAGACAAAAAUAUUAUGUACAAAAAUUGCAGAAAGAAACCAUCUGUUCUAUGUGUCAGCAAAAUAGAUUAUGCUUAAUAUGCUGAUUCUCUAGUCAAAAUUGGCCCUAUUGAAUUCAACCAUUACCCUCUUUUCCUCCUGUCUUCUCCUGUACAGCUUUUCAUUUCUACCAAUACUGAAGUAGGAAUCAAAAAAAGAAGAUGCAGUGCAACUUAAUAUAUCAAAUGCAAAUUUAUUAAACACACUUGUUUUCAUUGACAUCAAAA